CAUCCUCUCUCCCUCUCACCUUAUUUUUCUCUUUUUGCCUUUAUCUCUCCUUAUCUCACUUUAUCUCUCCUUCCUUUUCUGUCUCUCUGUCUUCUUUUCUUCCUUUCUUUCCACCGUCAUGCUCGACUUUCCUGUCUGCUCGCAUCGUCUCCGCUUAGUCUGCGCACUCUAAAGCUGACCUGUUCCACUGGCACGUUUACCGCGGCCAAAUUUAUUUUUAUUCAGACAAAUUAAAUUUUCAUUACGCUCUUCUCCCUCAUAUCUCCGGCUCUGAGCCAUGAGCGGAUUUCAGCGCCGGGCGCAGGGCAGCGGGACGGCGGAGGCUGAGAGGGCUCGGGGCCGCCACAGCUGGACGGGGCCACAUGCCCAGGAGGAGGCGGGGCUGGAGGGUGGGGCUGAGCGAUGAGCCACGCCCCCUUCUGCCAGGUCAUCCAGGUUCACUCCAUAUGAGUGCACAGUACUCAAAUAUAACUACAGCCGGGCUUCUUUUAUACUCGAACAUAGUUACAGUAGAAAGCUUAGCAAACUCUUCCUAGUCGUCGUGUUACAAUACGUCAAUCUUAGCCUUACUAAAAUGUAGUGCCCUAUUAUAAACCUUAUGUAAUUGCUGUAAACAUUGUGUUUCUUAAGAGUUUAGUCUCAGGUUCAUCAGCAGGUUUCGCUGCUUUCUUUAACUUGCUUAAUUAUUCUUUCUUACAGACUGUUAAGUACCUGACCUGUAGUUAUAUUAAGGUAGUGCUGCUUCAGGACUGCUUAAUGGCUCACAACUGAAAAUAAUUAAGCAUUUAUUUAGUGUCUCUUCAGUAUCUAUGGCUUCAGUACUUCAUUAUUCAUUGUAUACACUUGCAGUGGUCCAUGAUCUCAUUCAACCAUGUUAGAUGCUUGUAUCAUACACACAAGCACACUGUGGGAAUGUAACCAGAAUAAAAAGCUCCUCAGAAAUCAAGACAUCAAGUCACCUGGAGUAAAGACUGAGAAAGGAGCGCUCCUGCGUGUCUCUCAUGGGCACUCAUAGCCACUCAUCCGUCCAGUGGGCAGCAGCCGAGGACGACUGAAGGAAUAAUUUGCAAAGACUGAAGAAUCAUAUCACAUCAGCACCAUUUCUCCUGUAGACCAAGCCCGUCUCAGGAGGAAGAGCAUUGCCACCGGCAGGCAGCCCAGCAUGGAGACCCCUCCCAUUGCCCCCCCUCAACCCUUCCGACAGUCCAGUUUCCUUGGUAGAAGACUAAAAGGGUCCAUAAAGCGGGCGAAGAGUCAGCCCAAGCUGGACCGCACCAGCAGCUUCCGCCACAUGAUCCUCCCACGUUUCCGCAGUGCUGACCAAGACAGGACCCGUCUGAUGCAGAGCUUCAAAGAGUCCCACUCCCAUGAAUCCUUGCUGUCUCCCAGUAGCGCGGCCGAGGCGCUGGACCUCACGCUGGACGAGGACGCCAUCAUCAAACCGGUUCACUCCAGCAUCCUAGGGCAGGAGUACUGCUUUGAGGUGACGACUGCUUCAGGGACAAAGUGCUUCGCCUGCCGGUCGGCUGCAGAAAGAGACAAAUGGAUCGAGAACCUACAAAGAGCAGUCAAGCCCAACAAAGACAACAGUCGGCGAGUGGACAACGUGUUGAAGUUGUGGAUCAUCGAAGCCCGGGAGCUGCCGCCCAAAAAGCGCUACUACUGUGAACUGUGUUUGGACGACAUGCUGUAUGCUCGCACCACCAGCAAACCCCGCACCGACACUGUCUUCUGGGGUGAGCACUUUGAGUUCAACAACCUUCCGGCCGUCCGCAACCUCCGCCUUCACCUCUACAAAGAGACAGACAAGAAAAGACGCAAGGAAAAGAGCACAUACCUAGGACUUGUCAGCAUCCCCAUUUCCAGUAUCACCGGUCGGCAGUUUGUAGAGCAGUGGUACCCUGUGAUUCAGCCCAGUGUUCUGGCCAAGGGAGGGGGAGUAGGAGGGGGCAAAAUUAUCAAUGCCUCCUUACGGCUCAAGUCUCGCUUCCAGACCAUGAGUAUCCUGCCAAUAGAGCUGUACAAAGAGUUUGCCGAGUACGUCACCAACAACUACCGAACACUAUGUGCCGUCUUGGAGCCACUGUUGAGUGUCAAAAGCAAAGAGGAAGUGGCUUGUGCGCUUGUGCACAUUCUACAAAGUACAGGAAAGGCAAAGGACUUUCUUUCAGACAUGGCAAUGUGUGAGGUAGACAGAUUCAUCGAUCGUGAGCACCUUAUCUUUAGAGAGAACACCCUGGCCACCAAAGCCAUAGAAGAGUACCUCAAACUCAUUGGACAUAAGUACCUCAAGGAUGCUUUAGGUGACUUCAUCCGAGCCCUGUAUGAGUCAGAGGAGAACUGUGAGGUUGAUCCCAUGAGGACGCCACCGUCUGUUCUACCCGACCAUCAGGCCAACCUCCGCAUGUGCUGUGAGCUUGCCCUCUGCAAAAUCGUCAACUCUCAUUGUGUAUUUCCACGAGAGCUGAAGGAGGUCUUUGCCUCCUGGCGAGUCCGAUGUGCCGAGAGAGGGAGGGAGGACAUCGCUGACCGCCUGAUCAGUGGCUCCCUCUUCUUGCGCUUCCUCUGUCCAGCCGUCAUGUCCCCUUCCUUAUUUAACCUCACCCAGGAAUACCCAGAUGAGCAGACAUCGCGCACGCUCACCCUCAUAGCCAAAGUGAUGCAGAACCUCGCCAACUUCUCCAAGUUUGGCAGUAAGGAGGAGUACAUGGGCUUCAUGAAUGAGUUUUUAGAGAUGGAGUGGGGUUCCAUGCAGCAGUUCCUGUAUGAGAUUUCCAACCUAGACAGUGUAAGCAAUGCAGGUGCUUUUGAGGGCUACAUUGACCUGGGAAGAGAGCUUUCAAUCUUACACAGCCUUCUGUGGGAGGUUAUGGCCCAGCUCAGUAAGGAUGCCAUCAUUAAACUUGGACCAUUACCCCGCCUCCUGAACGACAUUAGCAUGGCCCUCCGCAACCCACAUCUCCAAAGGCAGCCCAGUCACCAGACAGACAGACAGCCUCCAGAGAGACAGACCGACAGGCUGCUGUCCCGGCCCAGUUUCAACAGAGGCAUCUCCUCUGAGUUCCAGAAUGUCAUGAUGAGGGACCUCAACAGUUCCAUAGAUAUCACUCGCUUGCCUUCCCCGACCUCUGCUAUGUCCAGUGGCGGGGUACCUCCUUCGCGAGCCGGGAUGGGGGGUUAUGCAGAUCGGGAUCAUCCUCAUCGGGCCUCUUCUAAAGACGUUUUCUAUGUUACCCGUCCCCCACUGGCCCGGUCCAGCCCUGCAUAUUGUACUAGCAGUUCUGAUAUUACUGAUCCUGACCCAAAGGACUCAAGAAUGAACAGCGUCUCUAACCUGCAGUCUGUGGGGGACAUGCUCAACUCUUCCCAGGCCUCGCUUGCCGGCCUCGGCAGCUUCGGUGCAGGGCUCGGUGGCUUAGGGGGAGGUCUCGGAGGUCAGCUGCGUGCCGGCGGAGGACGGAUGUCGGCCGGCUCGGGUGGCUCCAGCAUGUCCGGUGGCCUGCGACUGAGUCAGCUGAGCCAGAUGGGGACCACUACGGACUCGCUGUCCCAGCAGCAGCAGCAGCAGGCAGCCGCGCUCCGCUUCCCACUCUCCUUCCAGAACCCGCUGUUCCACAUGGCUGCCGACGGGCCCCAGCUCCACCACCAGCAUAGCCGAGCCCAGCCUCCUGCUCCCCACCUGCUGGCCCCGGAACCCGACCCCUCUCACCCCGCGUACUUGCCGCAGUUUGCCCGCGGUGGCUUCUCCCGCAGCGAGGACCUCUCCACCUUACGGCCUGGUCCACACCUGGGCCAACCCAGCAUCAUUCACUCACAUAGCUACAGCGACGAUUACAGCCGCCACAACCAGGGCGACUAUGGCCGUCGGCAGAUUUCCAUGCACAUGCAGGAUAACCUCCAGCAGCAGCAAAUGAUGGGCAUGGCCUCCCAAACAGGCACAUCUCAUUCCUCGCUCGCAUCACCCCCCUCCACUGUCCAGCCUGUCCGUCAGAGCUCCAUGGCUCCGCCUCCCAUGCAGCGGAUGAAGUCGCAAACCUCCCACCAACUUGCUGUUAGCUCAGCAGCCGGCGCCACGCCUCCCUCCAAGACGAGGCCGCAGAGCGGGAACCUGCUUCAGUCGCCCGAGUCUGGCUUCGGGGGCCGGCAGCAGGGACCCCGCCAGCAGCUUUCUGUCAAGGACAACACGGCCCCCGGCCUGCCUCAUCAGCAGAGCUCCACCAGGGAGAGCCAGGGAUCACAGGGCUCUCAGGGGGGAACGCCGCAAUCCACUCAGCAGUCUCAGUCACACCAGGAGCGGCAACACUCACAGCAACACUUACUCAAGCCUUCCAUCAGCAAACAGGGCUCAUCUCCCAAUACCCUGAACCCACCCACCCCUGCCUCAGAGAGAACAGUUGCCUGGGUGUCCAACAUGCCACACCUUUCCGCUGACAUCGAAAGCUCCCGCAUAGACAGAGAAGAAUAUAAGCUGAAGGAGUAUUCCAAAAGCAUGGAUGAAUCACGUUUAGACCGGGUGCGAGAAUAUGAGGAGGAGAUCCAUUCUCUGAAGGAGCGACUGAUGAUGUCCCACCGCAAGCUGGAGGAGUAUGAGAGGAGGCUACUUACUCAGGAGCAGCAGACCAACAAAAUCCUGCUGCAGUACCAGAGCCGGCUGGAGGACAGCGAGAGGAGGCUGAGGCAACAGCAGCUGGAAAAGGACUCCCAAAUAAAAGGAAUAAUUGACAGACUCAUGGCAGUGGAGGAUGAGCUGAGGGCAGGGGCAGUAUCUGAACACAAAGCCAGGAUUUUUGCAGAUCAGGGGAGGCGGCAAUCCAUCCUAGUGCAGCCUCGUCUCGCGCCAGUCCCUCCUCGAAUGCACAGCCAAUCACACAGCAUCAUGGAGGACAAUCUGGAACCUAGUUGGAGGCCUCAGCUAGGACAGUCCUCAGGAUGGCAUGGCUUUAAUGCGAGGGCGCUAUCCCGUGACUCGGUUGGUUGACAGAGGGGAAACUGAGGCUCUGAAAGUGUCUGUUGUUAGUUGGUUCCAGAGCCACAGGUGACCCAAAGAGAAUAUAGGUGCCCUCCUUUUUCGUGUGCUCUUGCUGUCAGUUAACUCCACCUGCGUGAUGCUAGCUUUAGGGUGUUGACCUCUCAGUGCCUCCAUGCCUGCCAAUGGCUUGUUGGCUGUGUGUGCACGUGAGGGAUGACAUCCUUUGUUAUCUGAACAGUCAAAGCGAUGGACAACGCUUUACAGAAUAAAAGCAUCCGAGAUAGCAGACAGUGGGGCACAUCACGCGGAGAAGGAGAGGUUCUAUGGGUAAGAUACAUUUCAAAGGUGCUGUUCUUUUAGUGCGUAUUCUAACUAAAAGACAUUUAACACGUUUAUUAAUCCCUCCAUAUCUUUGUCAUGGUUACCAUGGCUGCAAGCUUUUUCCAUCGUGCUUUGUUUAUGCCGUUUGGGUCUCUUAAUUCGAGGUAACUAAAUAUGCAUUGCCUUUAUUCAAGAGACACUGAGAUGGACUGAUUCAGUGAAAUACACGGAGGCUCAGAACUUUGUUGAUCGUUUCGCCUCAUGGUCAUACAUGCUUCAGCUGGACCUUACGCAGGUGAGAUAUUUACAUGCUGAUAAUUCUAAGAAAAGAACUGAAAGCUGAUUGUUUUUUUUUUUCUUCUCUCAUUUCGUUUUUGUGACAAUCGUUCAAAACAAUCAUUUCCUUUGGAUUCUGACAAACGAAGAAACGACAUCCAGAUGUUUUACCUGCUCCCCCUUCAACUCUUUGCACGUUGCUGUGACUCGGUCUCUAUGAAAGGAAGGAGAAUUUUUUUUCCUGUGUUGCUUUCUUUGUGGAUAGUCGCCAUGGAGAUCUUGAAUUACGGAUGAUCUUAUUCUUGGAAUAAAGAAAUAUUGUCUUUUAUUUAAUGGCUCAGCGGUCGCACGGUCAUUGGAUGGAGGGUAGUCGGACAGAAGUCUGACUGUUUUAAAUUUAACUUGAUUUCCUUCUUUGGACUCCAUUGCCAAGCAGCCUGGAUGUUUUUUUCUGCUUCCUUUUUUCACCACAAGACAAAAACAUAGAACCAUGGGAGAUACGUAUUACAGAUUGAAUAAUGUUGUGUAGUGGGUGAAUGUGUGUAUAUACAGUGCGUGUACAGUCUUUGUGUAUAUACUGGAUGUAUGGGUCUAUAUUAUAUGGAUGUGUACAUACAAUUUGUUUGUAUAUGCAUUGUACAGAAUGUAUUUUUUCUCUGCCUCCUUUUUCCCCCGUUCCCAUUCCGUUUUCUUUGGGAAUUCGUGUGAGAGAAACCACACAACAGAACUUUUUUUGGAAAAAUGAAGAGAUUCACCUAGGCAACUUCGAGGCAGGUGUCUUUGGAAGCACUUUUUUGCACAGACUUAACAUACAGAGUCUGAUACCUAUGAUGCAUUACCCUUAAGCUGCCACACACUUCGCCAACCUCGAGCUUGCACUCAUUUUCUCAUUGAUUGAGGCAUUUUGUAAUAGUUUCUAGGUGACGAAGCAAUGUUUGUAUAUAUCUAUAUGAUCUAUAUAUGGAAUAUAAUAAUAUUUCCAGUUAUCUCUCAUCUUCAUGGCUAUUUAUCCUUCCAGCUUGUAUUACUCUUGUUGCUUUCUGUUUCAGUGCUCCUAUAUUUCAUUGCGGUGGUGUGUGUUGGCUGGGGUUGAGCUUCAGGCUCAUAUAAGAGCUACAGUCAUUUAUAAGGUCAACCCCUUGAGAAAUUUACCAAACUCUGUCCUGUUUUAUUCUAUUAACCUUCUACAUGCCUGACACUUUUUUCCCCCUUCACUUUUUUCUUGCCAAGCUAAAUCUUCCAUGCAAGUAACCAUUUAUUUAUCCUCGGAAAUGGAUGGAGUUCCCAUGAUGUGCCUCCUUCUAAUAAAUAUUCAUUUGACCUUUGCCAGCCAUAAGCAAACCAUAUCCAUGCUCCUUGACAAGCCAUAAGCCCCACCCCUAAAAUGAUGUUUUUGAAAAGGGCAGACAUUUGGGAAUUUAAUUUUGUUUUUGUAUAUAUUAAUGGAAAGAGUGAUACUUUGGAGUGUGUUGCUAAUGUUUAUGAAUUUGUUAUGAAUGUUGAUAUUCUGGUUAUUGAAUUAUAAUUAUUAUUAAUGUAAUAAUGAUUCUGAUUGCUACUCUCAUUUCAUCCUUUAGUUUAUUCAAUGCUGUUGAGAACAAUGUAUUAAUUUCUUU